AUGUCUGACUCUCUGCUGCCCGCGUGUGUCCUCUGUCUGCUGGCGCUCUCUGCGCUCUCAUCCGCCUGCUACAUCCAGAACUGCCCUCGAGGAGGCAAGAGAUCCCAGCCAGAGCCCGUCAGACAGUGUCCGGCGUGUGGUCCGGGGAAUCAGGGCCGUUGUUUGGGCCCCAGUAUCUGCUGUGGGGUCGGUCUGGGUUGUCUCCUCGGGUCUCCAGAGACGCUGAGCUGCAUGGAGGAGAAUCUGCAGCCGGGCCCCUGUGAGACGGGCGGGAGGUCCUGCGGGGCCCGGGGCCGAUGCGCAGCUCCAGGUGUCUGCUGCGACUCAGAGAGCUGUGUUCUGGAUCCAGAUUGCUCUGAAGACGAGGGAUCUCAUCAGUCUGAAGACGGCGUGGCUCUGAAGGGUGUUUCUGGAGAAAUGCUGCUGCGUUUGCUCAGUCUGGCCACUCGGAGACCAAGACCCUUCUGAUGCGAUCCG